GAGGCGGGUGCAGCGCCGCUGGCCUGUGUGUGGCUGGCUCCCGCUCGGCUCCCGCGGCUGGCCCGGCUCGUGGGCGUCGCCUUUCCCCCUGCGAGGCCCCCGGGCCCCCCUCGGAGGACAACGCUGGCGGGGAAAAUGACCUCUCGGAGGUGGUUCCACCCCAACAUCACUGGUGUGGAGGCUGAGAACCUGCUCCUGACUCGAGGCGUGGAUGGCAGCUUCCUGGCCCGACCCAGCAAAAGCAACCCGGGCGACUUCACCCUCUCGGUUCGGCGCAAUGGGGCGGUCACCCACAUCAAGAUCCAGAACACAGGUGACUACUAUGACCUCUAUGGCGGAGAGAAGUUUGCCACCUUGGCCGAGCUGGUCCAGUACUACAUGGAACACCACGGGCAGCUCAAGGAGAAGAAUGGCGAUGUGAUCGAGCUCAAGUACCCGCUCAACUGUGCCGACCCAACGUCGGAAAGGUGGUUCCAUGGUCAUCUGUCUGGAAAAGAAGCCGAGAAGCUGUUGACGGAAAAAGGAAAACACGGCAGCUUUCUGGUCCGCGAGAGCCAGAGCCACCCUGGAGACUUUGUCCUGUCUGUCCGGACAGGAGAUGACAAAGGGGAGAGCAACGAUGGGAAGUCCAAAGUGACCCACGUCAUGAUCCGAUGCCAGGAUAUGAAAUAUGAUGUUGGUGGCGGGGAGAAGUUUGACUCCUUGACUGACCUGGUUGAACAUUAUAAGAAGAACCCCAUGGUGGAGACCCUGGGCACCGUCCUUCAGCUGAAGCAGCCUCUCAACACCACGCGCAUCAACGCAGCAGAGAUCGAGAGCCGGGUCCGGGAGCUGAGCAAGCUGGCGGAGACCACCGACAAAGUCAAGCAGGGCUUUUGGGAAGAAUUUGAGACUCUCCAGCAGCAAGAAUGCAAGCUUCUCUACAGUCGUAAAGAGGGCCAGCGCCAGGAGAAUAAGAACAAAAACCGUUACAAAAAUAUCCUGCCCUUUGACCACACCAGAGUUGUCCUUCACGAUGGCGAUCCCAAUGAGCCGGUGUCUGACUACAUCAACGCCAAUAUUAUCAUGGCGACCGGGCCUGCUGAUCUCCCUCUCCGCUUGCAGCCAGAGUUCGAGACGAAGUGCAACAACACCAAGCCCAAGAAGAGCUACAUUGCCACCCAGGGCUGCCUCCAGAACACUGUGAACGACUUCUGGCGGAUGGUGUUCCAGGAAAACUCCCGGGUCAUCGUCAUGACAACGAAAGAGGUUGAGAGAGGAAAGAGUAAAUGUGUGAAGUACUGGCCGGACGAACAUGCGCUCAAGGAAUACGGAGUGAUGCGCGUCCGGAAUGUCAAGGAGAGUGCGGCCCAUGACUACACAUUGCGGGAGCUCAAGCUCUCCAAGGUUGGACAGGGCAACACAGAGCGAACGGUGUGGCAGUACCAUUUCCGAACCUGGCCUGACCACGGCGUCCCCAGCGAUCCGGGUGGCGUUCUCGACUUCCUGGAAGAAGUUCAUCACAAGCAAGAGGGCAUUGCCGACGCUGGCCCCGUUGUGGUCCAUUGCAGUGCCGGCAUCGGACGCACUGGAACAUUCAUUGUGAUCGAUAUCCUCAUCGACAUAAUCCGAGAGAAAGGUGUGGACUGCGACAUCGACGUCCCCAAGACCAUCCAAAUGGUCCGCUCCCAACGCUCAGGGAUGGUGCAGACAGAGGCCCAGUAUCGGUUCAUCUACAUGGCGGUGCAGCACUACAUCGAGACGUUACAGCGCCGGAUCGAGGAAGAACAGAAGAGCAAGCGGAAAGGGCACGAGUACACCAACAUUAAGUACUCGCUUGCGGACCAGGCCGGCGGAGACCAGAGCCCCCUCCCGCCGUGUACACCCACCCCGACCUGCCCGGAGAUGAGAGAAGAUAAUGCCAUGCGCGUCUAUGAGAAUGUUGGCCUGAUGCAGCAGCAGAAGAGCUUCAGAUGAGACAAAAGGAAAGGGCUUCCUUGCGGGGAAAAUUUUGAGAUCCAGUUGUCAUUUUUUUUUCAAUACGAAAGUGAAGCGGAGCGACUUGGGACGCAUCCCCACAACGAGUGGACUUUUGACAGCGACGUAGAGCUUCCUUUUAUUUAUGGUGUUUUAACCCUUCCGUAAUCCGCAGAACUCGAGACCAUCCUUUUUUCCGAAAACUUUUUUUUUUGUCUCCGGAACGGCUGGUGUCCAUAAUUACCGAUAAGCUUUGCUUUCCAUUUUCAGACACAAAGUGCAGACCAAUACUCUUGUACUUGAAAGUUUUGAUUUGCCCCCUGGAUUUCAAGGUUUCCUGACCUUUUUUCAAAUGAGUUUUUUUUUUAAAACCUUGCCCUUUAAAGCUUGUUCCAUACGAGAGCUUCAGGGAGCAAGCUGGUUGUCUCGAUCCAACCGUUGUCCUCCGUUUCUCCCUUGGCUCUGUUUUGAGGGAAUUGGCAAUGACCGCUCAGUUUCAAUCCAGCUUCUCGUCCUCAUGGCGUUCCAUGUUUGGACUAUUUCCCCCCCCCCCCCCAGGUGUUUUUUGUUGUCCUAGAACUUCCAGUGAUGCGGUUUUUGCACCCGAUUGAAAUCAAAAAAAAUUUCUAACAAUCUUCCCAGCAAUAGUGGGUGUCAGAGCCAGUUGCUUGUGAGGAAUUCAAAUGAUGUUUCUUACAUUGAUUCAAGGGCUUGGGAGGGGAAGGAGCACUCAGCAUCCAGGGCCUCCUUUGGGGAUGACUGGGAUGGGAUGGGGAGGGUACAAAAUGGGGGCCUCUUCUGUAUGUCACUUCCUCUGCCUGCCAGCCACCUAUAUACACUCUUCUUUUGGGACCUGCUGGCAAGUGACCCAGGGGCCUUCAGGGUCGAGCCUUGGGUCGGUGGAAGUGGCCUGUGCAUCCUUCCUGGUGCCGGAAGGGCAUUCUUUCCUCACCUCACCUGCGGUAGCCAAUGCUCUUUUGCCGCACCCUCCCUUCUGCCAGACUUUCUCUCUCAACGCUCUGCCUUUUUUUGAAGUGCCUUCUUUCCCACUGAGCCGGCAUGGCUUGGUUGGGUCUUUCCUUCCUUGCGGCUUCCAUUGGAGAGGUGUCCUAACGCUUCCGUGGGAUGAGCCCCUUGUCGGGGUGGAAGUGUUAGAGGCAUAGCUUUCCCUGCAAAAACUUUACCGUUUGCUUAAGGGCUCUGCAUGUGUCAUAUUCGUCGUACCUGUGUCCUGCUGAGAUCCAGGCAGCUGGGACAACGCAAUGUUUCUGCAGCUGAUCCAGACCUUUGCCCAUGAGUUGCUAAUUCCUAUAAACUCACAUCAACAAGAGAGUCUCUGCCGUUGUUGUUCAGUAUAGAAGCUGGCUGCUUAGAUCUCUCUCUCUCUCUUUCUCUUCCAGGAAUCAGAGAUGUAACUCUUUACACAGUGCCAUUAGAAUUAGCGAGCUUUCCCUUGCUGCCUGGGAAAGCAGUUCCUAGAGAAGUUGUACCCUGAAGCCUAGAACACAUAAAACAUAAGGUUGCAAUUUCUCUUAUGACAUUGAUUUGGCCAUAGUUUUGCUUUGUGAGCUUCAGGGAGUGGGAAGGCCUGGGUGGAGGCCUUGCGCUCCCUGGGACUCACGUUUCCCCAUUAUAUCAGGGCAUUGGGAAGCCCUGGCCCUGGUUUGCCCACUUGCCUAUCUUAAGGACUAGAACCUUGUCCUGGAAGUUGAAUUCUGCCCCUUCGCCUACGUUGUUCUGAACUGCAGCAUGUGCAUAGCCCAGUGGGAGGAAGGGAGAUCUUUGGUCUUUGCUGCCCCUUUCUUUGGCUUCCCUUUUUGGUCGUGUGUCUUGUCUUCAACCAUGGAACUCCUGUCUUUGUGUCUUUUGCCUCAGCCUCAUGGUCCAGCACCCAUGUUGGCCUGGUUGGGGCCCUUUUUUGCCUUCCUUGCACCUCCUGCAAUCACAGAGGGCUUAUGCAAAGCUUGGCAGCGGUUGCGGCUGAUAAGCGAGCACUUCCAUUUGGGAUGGGGACAGCCCAAGGAGACCUCCAGUUAGGGACAAUGUUGGCCAGAGCGGAAGUGCCUCUUGCUUGGAGCAGACAACGGUGACCGUGUCAAUAUUGGCCAUUUCAUUCUUUUGGUUGUCUGCCCUGCCUGAGGUGGAAGGCUUGGGCAUCUUGACUGAUGUGUUAUUCACAAUGAGAGGAAAAGCCAUGGAGUCAAAAUUUGUACAGGGUUUGGUGGAAGUGUUCCAGUGGAUUGGGGACGUGCCAAACAGUGCUGCUCCCUGUGGCACAGACUGGGAAAUGGCUUCCAUCGAGGUCCAUGUUGCCUCCCCAUCUUUCCAGUGCUGGACUGGGGGGAAAGUAGGUGUUUUGAAGGAAGAGUGACGGCAGUGCGGUGGUGUUGGGUAGCGAAACUUGGCAUGUUUGUGAGAUGGGGAGAGGAAGGGCCAGGCCAGGUCUUCUUGCAGGAGUGCUUUAUGCCUUAAAUUGGGGAGGGGGGAGAAGCUCAAGCGAGACUAGUCUUUUACAAAGCCUUGCCAUUUCCAUUCUCCCCCCACCCCACACACAAAUUCCCAAAGGGCCACUCCAGUUUCAUGGCUUCUCAAUGGAGGAGAUAGAAUGGGAAGGAUAGGAGUUUUUAGCAGAGGAACCAAGGAAGGAAAUUCAAUGAAGGAGGGAACGCUGCCUUUAGCAUUGGCCUGGGUAGGAUUGGUUUGGAUUCAUUACCUGCGUCCUCUCCUCAUGGUGCGUUGAAGGCUGAAAUGUGGGGCCUCGGAUGUGUGCUGAACCCAGAAGAGCGUGUAAUAAAGGAAUGUCCUUUUUGAAACUUGAAACAGAACUACCCGUCUUGAUGAUUGUGUGAGGAAACGGACAUGAGCGAAAUGCUUGGGCCUUGCUGCGAACCCAAAGCAGACGAGUUCGGCGUCCGUCUUCCUCCCUCCCUCCCUCCCUUCCUUAAAGCGAUCUCUUGACUUUUGUAUUCUUAUCUCCAGCUGAAUGUCAAUGGCACAAGGAGGCAUCUGGCCCCUUGGUUUGGACUGUAGUUCACAGGGAUGUGUAUGUCUUAAAGCCUGGCAUCCAUUCUCUGUCUAUGUUUGUGGACAAAGGAAAGGGAGAGGAGUUGACUUGGCUCAAAGAGAAAGCUUGGUUUUCUUUUUCUGUCGGGGAAGGCCUUCCCUCUUGAGCUGGGUUUGUGCCAUGCUCUUGGCACUCUCUUUUUCUUGGACAGGAAGGGGCAAAACCUGAAAUGGAGAACCUUUUGCUCCUCUUCUCGGCGGCUGAGAAAAUCGAGUCGCUUCACUGCUCCCCUCUUUCCUUCUGCUUUUGGGGACAGGUUUUUGGAAUGACCCUGGGGAUUCUUGGUACCCACAUCUUCCUAGUUGGGAUGCCCGUUGCAGGAGGGAUGGAUUUACUCCAGUCCGUAGCAGCUGGCACCUCAAAUAUUUCCCAAUUUCUCAUGUUGAAGGAAUGAGGAGAAGCUUGGGAUGCCCAGUGCGCCAGGUCGAGGGCACAGGUGGCAUCCGUCAGCAUUGGCCGGAGGGGCAUCGCUUACAGAAUGUCUGAUCUAUCCUGCAUUUUUAUUUUUUGAAAAACCUUGACCAAAUCUUCUGUGAUUCCCUCUCUCCUCUGAAACUUGUGUUUUUCAACAAUAGCCAUGAACUUUCCUAGUGGACUGUUAAGCGGAACUUGAGGGCUAGUAACUUGAUGUUAUCUUUGAACAAGCCAAAUGCUUUCUUGGUCUGUGCGAUGAGUUGAAGAGUUGUCAUUUUGGCUGGCUUUACACUGUCCAAUGGAUUCAGUUGGACCCCAUUUUCUGAACCUUGGCUCGAUGCUCUCCAAUCCCGGGAGUUGUCAUUGUAUACAAUCUUUCAUCUUCUCUGCCUCACAAAACUACACCUCCCAGGCGUUGGUGGUAUCCAAUUGCGCCAAAGUCGAGCCAAACGGCUUUCCUUCAACAGUGUCGACACACUCACUGUGUUGUUUUUUCCUCUUCGUUUGGGGUUCUUCCUCCGAGUUGUAAUCCGUUCUCACAACGUCACUUUGGGCCUAUGUUUCUUAAUUUAUAAGGUUCCCCCCCUCCUCCACAGCUCUGUCAUUUUAGAGCUAAAUUUCCCCAAACCUUUGUUCCUUCUUCCCAGCGACUUAUGAAGAAUCGUGAGGUGGGGUUCCAAAGCACAGCCGUCUCCUUUACUAAGGAAGGCACCCAAAAUGUCUUUGAUCAUUUGUGUUUCAUUUUUUAAAAAAAAAUGUGAAUAAUGUCUGUGUCCGGGUCCUCUCCGUUCUCUUCGGCUUCUGCGCUGCAAACGCUUGCGCGGGUGAAGGCCCAUUGGAUCCCAAUGUACGAGAUUGCCCGGUGUCUCUUGGCUUCUGCCCAUAUAUUCUCGUAGCCCUGCUUUCCUCAACCCGGAGGGCUCCCCAUGGGUCAAACUACGUCUCCCAGAAGCCCCGGGAGACGUCGUCUGACCCGUCGAGGGCCCGACUGGGAGGAGAAAGCAACCGUAGACCAUCCUUGCCAUUGUCGACGUGUGACAUUAAAAGGUUUGAAACAAGCCAACAUAGAUCAUAUAUAGAUACAAAAAAAACACAAUAAAUCUUUUAGUGAUUGUCUGUUACCAGCCUGUAUUUAUGGAGGUGAAAUGGCUGCAUUGCUGACCAUGCUGUGAUUUCUUUUCUUUUUUUUAAAAAAAAAUGGCUCCAAGGCUUAUCAGAGUUAAAAAGCAUUAUUUGUAAAACGUCACAAUGACAAAAAAGGAAUUAAAAAAAGAUCCAUUUUCUUA